CUCUUUAUCUCUUUAUUCUCCCCCUUGCCCACUUAUCCUCUGGUCUGCGGCAUCAUUUCUCUUGAUUUAUACUGUUCUUCCUGAACUUCUGCUGGACGAAGAGUGCAACACCUACAAUAAUACACUCAUCCACUUACAACCUAGUUUUUCUAGCUUCCGUUUCCACCAUGAGCCACCCGGCUGCUGUGGACGUUGACUCGAGCUCGGCUUCUGCUGCCGGACCAUUGACCGUCGAUGGCAUUCCCGCGCUCAGAGCUAAGACCGCAAAGAUCCCCCUGGGCAUUGCGCCUGCGAUCCAUAGCGACCUCUUCAAGAGCCCACUCUGCUACACCAAGCCACAAGCCAAACGAUGGGAUGAUCUUUUCUCCCUUGAAGCAAAGUCUCGGAAGACCUCAACGUUGAAGGGUGCGGCGCAGUACCUCAAGAACCCGGGCCUGAUCUCUUUAGGCGGCGGUCUCCCGUCCCCGGAAUACUUUCCCUUCGAUGAACUCUCUGUGAAGGUCCCCACCCCGCCUGGCUUUUCUCCCGAAGAAAGCCGCAACUCCGGUGCUGUCUUGACCGCUAAGAAGGGAGACACCCGUGAUGGAACAAGCUUGUACGACCUGGAAGUUGCGCUUAACUACGGCCAGGCUACGGGAUCCCCUCAAUUGCUGCGUUUUGUCACGGAACACACAGAGCUCAUUCACAACCCCCCAUACUCCGAUUGGCAUUGCUGUCUGACGCCUGGCGGUACCUUCGCCUGGGAUGCUGUUCUCCGCAUCCUCUGCAGCAGAGGUGACUAUAUCAUGAUGGAAGAAUAUACUUUCUCGAGUGCCAAGGAAGCUGCGCUUCCUCUUGGCCUCAAGGUAGUAGGAAUCAAGAUGGACGAGCAGGGUCUUUUGGCCGAGUCACUUGACGAAGUCUUGAGCAACUGGGAUGAGGCUGCCCGUGGUGCCCGCAAGCCUCGGGUACUAUAUAUCAUCCCAACCGGACAGAACCCUACGGGUGCAACUCAAUGGACUGAAAGACGUAAGGCUGUGUACAAGGUUGCUCAGAAGCAUGACGUCUUCAUUGUCGAAGACGAGCCAUAUUACUUCCUGCAGAUGCAGCCCUACACUGGCGCCGGCGGCAAACCCAUCCCGCCUCCAGCCAAUCACACUGAGUUCAUCAAGUCCCUCGUCUUCUCCUAUCUGAGCCUUGAUGUGGAUGGCCGCGUUUGUCGAAUUGAAUCUUUCUCCAAGGUCCUUUCCCCUGGCUCACGUGCUGGUUGGCUGGUCGCUCCGGAACAGGUCAUUGAGCGCUAUAUCCGCCACAGCGAGACCACGGCCCAGAACCCAAGUGGCAUCACACAGAUCCUCCUUUACAAGCUCCUGGACGAACAUUGGGGUCAUGCUGGAUACCUCGACUGGUUGAUCAACCUUCGUAUGCAGUACACCGGUCGCAGGGAUGCCUUGGUAAUUGCCUGUGAGAAACAUCUUCCACAAGAAAUUGCUAGCUGGGUUGCGCCUGCUGCCGGCAUGUUUCACUGGAUUGGGCUUGAUUGGCAAAAGCAUCCAGGCCUCGCGGCUGGUAAGACCCGUAACCAAAUUGAAGAGGAAAUUUUCCUGGCGGCUGUGGAAAAUAAGGUCCUCGUCUCUCGAGGUAGUUGGUUCACGGCCACUGAAGUUGGCGAGGGAAAGAUGUUCUUCCGCGCCACCUUUGCUUCCGCCAGCUCCGAGAACAUUGAUGAGGCCAUCCGGCGGUUUGGCGACGCUCUUCGGGUGCAAUUUGGUCUAUAGACGAACAUCCGUAUUUUGAUACCCAUGGUUGGCCACGUACAUAUGAAUGAAAAGAGGUUUAGGAUGUAGACGACUUGGAUUUUAAGAGGCUUGGGUCUUUCGAGCACUUGACUCGCUUUUUGACUCGCUUGGAAUCAGAAUAUCAUAGCUAGAUCUAAACAGAUAUCUU